AUGUUCGCUAUGUUGGUAGAUUUUGCCAGUCCGGUGUCGCUUGACUGGCUCACCCUAAGCGUCAUACCAAUUCUAUUCUACUACUUCGUAUAUACAAUUUACUCCCUUUAUUUCAGUCCGUUAGCCAAUUACCCCGGGCCGUUCUUUGCAAAGAUCUCGUCAUGGCCCAAUUUUUAUCACUCGACUACAGGCUAUAGACACAUCUGGAUCUGGCAAUGCCAUCAGAAAUACGGUGAUGCAUUCCGCUUCAAGCCCGAUGGUGUUCUGUUCAACUCCCCAAGCGCAUAUCGUACGAUUUACAACUCAAGGGCAAACGUUAAAAAAGGAAAGUUCUAUGAAAUUUGGCCAAGAAACACUCAGAAUAUCAAUACCUUAACCACAAUUGACAAAUCUGCACAUGGACGCAAGAGACGAGUCUUGAACUCAGCAUUCUCGGAAAAAGCCAUACGCUCGGCCGCAGGAUUUGUUAGCGAGCACGUCGAUCGCUGGAAUGAGGUCUUUCUUGCAGACAACGACGGCAAAGAAUGGACAUCACCCAAGAACAUGUCGAAAAUGGCAGAUUAUCUUGUUUUUGACAUCAUGGGUGACCUAUGCUUUGGAAAAUCUUUUGAGCUCAAGGAACCUGGAGAAAAUGAAUUUAGACACAUGCCGCACACCAUUGCAGAGUAUAUGCAGUUUAUGUAUCCGGCAAGUAUGAUCACUCAAUCUCCGAUGAUGAAGUUCUGGGUCUGGUUGAAACCAAGAGGACUCGAUAGCCUUUUUGAAAGCAUGCUCCCCAAGAACAUCAGAUCGUACUACGAGUUUGUCGAAGCAAACGUCGCACGUCGACAGAAAGAAGAAGAGGUGCUGAAAAGGUCGGACGCGGAGGAAGGUCGAGGCCGAAAUGAUUUGUUUCAUUAUCUUUUUAACGCGACAGACGAGUUAGGCAACCCCGGGUAUAAUACUGAUGAACUCUAUGCGGAAGCAAACUUACUUAUCAUUGCUGGGUCUGAUACCACCGCAACCACUCUCGUUGGCUUUUGGUUCUACAUUACUAGAAACCUACGGGUGUACGAAAAGCUUGUGAAAGAGAUUCGCACAGCCUUCGAUCGUGCCGAGGACAUACAGGUGGGAACAACGCUUUCGUCCUGCAAUUACCUCCAGGCAUGUAUUGAUGAGGUUCUCCGAGCUGCGCCGGCUGGAGUUGCGGAUUUAGUGCGAGAAGUGUUACCAGGCGGCCUUGAAAUAGAAGGGGGCCGUCUUCCUGAGGGGACUCAACUUGGUGUCGCUCAAUGGUCCAUAAUGCACCACGAAGAAAGCUUCGGAGAUCCCUGGACCUUCAGACCUGAACGAUGGAUUGCGGAUUCCAGCACUGGGGUGACUCCAGAAGAUGUCGCUCGUGCUCGAUCCGCAUUCAACCCUUUCACCAUCGGUGCAGGUAAUUGUGUAGGUCAAAAGUUUGCCAUGGAGGAGCUUCUUAUCACCGUUGCGAGAACUCUUUGGCGUAUGGAUGCUCGACUCGUGCCUGGAGAUAAUCUUGGUGCAGGUUCGUCGAAGCUCGGAUGGGGAUCAAGAGACAAGAAUCACAUUGUCCUGCGGGAUGCUUGGAUUUCGAUCAAAGAUGGGCCCAUGGUACAGUUUCGCAAACGUGUCGACUGA